AUGGAGUCAGACAGUGCUAACGGACAGGAGGAAGGUACAUCUGAAUUACAAGCCAAGAGCAAUAAACGAAGUAUUUGCAGUAAAACAGUUCAUGGAACGAGACGAAUUCUGGACUUUAGUCUUGAUGAUGAUUGUAACGAGAUUGUUAGCUCGUCUCAAGAAGCUAUCUGCACAUGUUCACGCACAGCAAGCGGAAAAAAAUCAGUAAUGUCAAAGCAAGGUAUAAGGUUUGCUUCAGAAAUCUUCACACUUUUAUACUAUCCUCAGUAGAUUGUUCUUUAAUCAUUUCAGUUUUAAGGGUGGGUGAGUUGGCGCAUUAUUAGAGAAAUUACGAUUUUAGAACGGCAACGAGACGGCCAGAACAAACUCCUUCAAAUAAAUAGUAGCAAAGAUAAUUCGUGGUAUAUUAUCAAUCGUAUGAAUUUAGUACAGUCUUAGAAGUUGAAGACAUGGGUUUUAUGUUUGGGAAGAGUUCUGCUGAAACCAUUUUGCAGUUGCACUUUUUGCGGCUUGAAAUGCAGUCGUUGUAUCAAGACGUGAAAGUCUGUGAUUUGCGUUACAAACAGAGCAUGGACAAUGUCUAAAUGAUUCAUAUAUUGUAAUUAUUCAAUUCUUUUCAAUGAUUUAUUGUAUUAAUAGCCGUAGCGUCGCGUUGCCGUCCUAAAAUCGUAAGGUCUCUAUUAUGUAUGUAACCUCAAUCGUUGUGUAUUCAUAUAUAACGUCAUUUUAUGGGGCUUUCUCUAAUAGUUUUUAAAAACAUUUAGAGAUUGUUAGCUCGUCUCAAGAAGCAAUCUGCACACGUUCACGCACAGCAGGCGGGAAAAAAUCAGUAAUGUCAAAGCAAGGUAUAAGGUUUGCUUCAGAAAUCUUCACACUUUUUAAAGCAAGAGAUUUAAAUGAUUAAUUGAAGUACUGUACUGUAUCAGGGUUCGUAGCGGUCUUUGAAAUCCUUGAAAGUCUUUAAAUUUGAAUGCAGGUCUUUAAGGUCUUUGAAAAGUCUUUGAAUUGUGUGAAAAAGUGAAGAAAGUCUUUAAAAGUCUUUAAAUUCUUUAGUGAGUAUGGACGAAAAAAUGCAUUUUAGGAUGUUAUUUGACGGAACUAAUUACCUGGUAAAAAUGGUGCUUAUAUAUCGCAAUUUUUCAACAGCUGAUUGCUCUCAAAGGUCUUUGAAAAGCCUUUGACAACAGGCAGAAAAAAUCUUUGAAAGUCUUUGAAUAUUUUUGGUCUUGGAGACUACGAACCCUGUAUAUACUAUCCUCAGUACAUUGUUCUUUAUUUUCAGUUUUAAGGGUGGGUGAGUUGGCGCAUUAUGAGAGAUAUUAGAGACCUUACGAUUUUAGGACGGCAACGCGAUGGCAACGGCUACCAAUACAAUAGAUCAUUGAAAAGAAUUGAGUAAUUACAAUAUAUGAAUAAUUUAGACAUUGUCCUUUAGAGAUUGUUACCUCGUCUCAAGAAGCAACCUGCACACGUUCACGCACAGCAGGCGGGAAAAAAUCAGUAAUGCCAAAGCAAGGUAAGGUCUCUCGCCGUCUAACCGCCUCGCGUGGUGGCUAGCUCAGCUGUGCAUCUUCGCCGCACACGUUGGGAAAACUGCUCAACAGCAACAUAAUUGACAAAAUCGUUUGCAUUUUCCUUCAUUUUGUUGAAUGUCACAUGAAGAAACUAUGGUUUCUCAUCGGCUAAAUGAUUCAAGCAGCUCAGCACUGAGCUCGCAACAUCCGCAGACGUUGACAUUUUUUCCUCGCGAGGUGAAAAAUAAUAAACACGGUAGAUAUUUUCCUCAAGGCCUCAAGCGGUCAAAUCCUCACGAAAACUAUCGCACACGACAGAAACUUGCUAAGCUAGCUGCCACGCGAGGCGGUUAGAUCAGCAAGUUGCUCUCGUGUGCGGCAGACGUCAUGGUUAGAUAAUGAGGGUUGAUGCUGAUUGAAAUGUCAUCAUCUUUCAUCGUUUGUAUUCUGUUGUAAUUCAGACACGGAGAGCUCGGGAGAUGAAACACAGGAUCCAACAGAGAGUGAGAGCCCUCCGCAAAGAAAGAAGGUUGAUCAAAAUGACGAUGAAACACAGGAUUCAGCAGAUAGUGACAGCCCUCCGCAAAGAAAGAAGGUUGAUCAAAAUGACGAUGAAACACAGGAUUCGGCAGACAGUGGGAGCUCUCCGCAAAAAAGAAAAAAAGUUGAUCAACAUGACAACGAAACACGGGAUUCAGCAGAGAGUGGGAGAAAGAUGGAAGGAAGAAAGAAGGAAAGAAAUAAGGUGGAUGAUCUUUGCCGAGAUACAAGACGAAUUCUAAGAAACCUGACUGUAGCGAAUCGGAAAUUUAAGUAAGUUUGAACCAUCAGGAUUUUGAUCAUUUCACUCGCAGUCAGUAAAUUUCCAACUAAGUUUGAACUACAAUCCUGGCAAAAAUUAUCGUGGACAGCGCGCGCGUAAUUAGAUAUACCUGGCUUGCCCAAUGCUAUCCUUGCGAAAAUGGCAAUUUUCAACUUCCCCCGUUCAAUAUUAAAAGCUUAUGAAUUGGUUAGGUGGAAUCCUCGUAAAAACAAUGCCACGACCAAUAUUGUAUUGUACAUACAGUAUAUGAACUGCAUAUUAGUUUGCCUUUGUUUUUUGCUGCAAAAUUUAUCAAAUGACAUCCCAUUAGUACAGAAUCAAUUACAUUUUAUUAUAUACGUGUCAAAGUUUAUGUAUUCUUGCAUCUCAGUGUUAAUAUGUAUUAAAUGAAUAAGUGUUAAGGUGACUCGGUGCAGCUUUUAAUAAAUAAUCAAAAGUUAAAUUACAUUAAUACCGAACUAUUUGCCAUGUUGAGACGUUUUUGUUGCUACAUAUGGCAAGCGGUUACGUAAUUUAGGUUCAAAAAUUCAAACUACUCAGUUGUUAUUUCAUAUAAAUUAGAUCAUGUCAUCUUAGCUAAAUUUGUUUUUCAUUAAAUUAAAGUAAUAUUUGUCCAAAAAACGGAUCUAAGUAAACAUUUUCCAUUUUUUAAGUGUCCUUCAAAAUUAUAGAACAUGACAUUGGUAUAAUAUAUAAAUUUUAUGUUUUCUUGACUAGAGAAAUUAUCAAAGAUCCUUAUCACAAAGAUGACACGGAUGACGAAGUAGGAAGCGCUGAUAGACCUAACAGGUAAGAUCAUAGGAUAAGAAAACACCACUAAACUGAAGGCUUCGCAAGACUUGACGAUUUCACGAUAGAGCAGGUAGUUCGUUGUCUUCAGGUACACAGCCAGAAAUCUCACAGGCCUGUCGCAAGCUGUUGAUUUUACCGGCUUGCGGCAAGUUGUCAACAAGUCGCGACAGGUCUGUUGGUUUCGUCAGGCGGUAACAGGCUUGCGGGAACAGGUCUGUCACAAGCUGUUGACAACAGAGCCGUAGCGACUUGUUGAAACAACCCGCUACAAACCUGUUACUAACAAGGGAUAACAGGUCCGAUAGAACAACUUGCAGCAAGUCUGUUGAAAUCAACAGGUCUGUUCCAACUUGUUCCAACAGGCCUGUCGCGAGUUGUUUUUGUCAAGUCUGUAGCAAGCUUGUUAUCAGACCUGCGACAAACCUGUCCACAACAAACAAUUUUUGUCCUGUCACAACAAGUUUCAACAAGCCUGUUGUUGGGAAACAAAUUAAAAGUGUGAGUAAAGAGAAAAAUCGCACGAAAUGGACACUUCCGGCUUCACUUUCUCAUUCAAUCAUGGUCAUUGGUGGCAAUAUUAAAUCACAUAGGAGAGACUAUAGUCUAGUACACAGCCAAGUUCGCGCAACUUGCAGCAAGUCUGUCAUCAGGCCGCACGCGAAUUGUUGCCAUCAAGCCCCAUCUCAGAAGCGUUCGCUCGGCUUGUUGCGGCUCGACGAUACUUGCCCGCAUCAGCACGACAACAGGCUUGCUGCGAUUUGAUGUCGACAGACCUGUCGCAAUGGCGAUGACAACAGACUUGCUGCAAGUUGUCGUUAACAGACCUGUCGCAAUGGCGAUAACAACAGACUUGCAGCAAUUUGAUGUCGACAGAGCUGCAGCAAUGGCGAUGAUAACAGACUUGCAGCAAGUCCGCAGUUGACAUGACAACCAACGAUUAAACAUGCACUCGUUAUUCCCGCGUGUUUUCACACAUCAGAAUUCAAAAAGCAAAAAACACUCGCUUCAAAGUACUUUAGACAUUUUAUUUAUCGUAUAUGUAACUGAUCAUAAUACAAUUUUACAUAUGAAAUUACAAUAAAGGCAAAAACAUUGCUAAUAUAUACUGAAACCGAUGAAAUAUACUUCACUAUUUCAACGCUUAAAAAUUAUUCUCAAUUCGUAUUUUCGUAGCUGAUAGUGAUAGUCAUAGACAAUAUCAAAGCCAUAAACAAUGCUGUUUAUAUAAACUACAGGGGCCGGUUGUACGAAUGGUGGAUCAGAAUCGCUAUCCGGUGGAUAAGUCGCUAUCCAGCGGAUAAAUUUUAUCCGGAGUGAAAAUCGCGUUGUACGAAGCUUGGAUAGCGCUAUCCAACGGAUAAAAAUGCACUAUCCGUUGGAUAAAUUUAUCCGAAGGUAGUUUAAAUCAUUUAAAAGAGAUUGCUAUUGUGAUAGAAAUGGACAAAUAUACCCUGUUUAGAAGUCCCUUUUUUGACACUAUAAUAAACAUGGAAACUUACUUAAUAUGACUUCCGUCUCGCUUUUGACGUACACCGAGCUCAUUUUGACUUUUUUGAGUCACUUGCCCAUGAAAUAUAAUGCCAUGACUUUUCCAUAUUUUACGAAGACCAAUGUCAGUGCUUAGACGUUCAGUUUUCUGGCCUUUUUCCUUCAUUUUUUCUAUUAUAUAGCUCUCGAUAACAAGCAAUAAAACUUUCAUUCAAUGAGUUUCCUUCAACACCAAACAAAUAUAGCUGCAUAUAAAUAGACAACAAGGGGUCGAAAGUCGAAAAAUAUUGUUCGCUGGCCUUGAUCAGCCAAUCAAAUCUUGCGAGAAAAUGUUCUUAAAAUUGUUUUGAACCUAAGUGAAAGGUCAAAGAACAAAUAUUCGGACAGUACAUAAAAUAAAAUUGAAUCGACGUACUAAAACAAGAAACAAAACUCGCAGUCUUUGCUAUUGCCUUCGCAUAAAGAAGCCAAAAAUCUUUUAAACAAAUAUCGAUAAGUAGAUAGCAAACUCUUCACUGUGGGAAACGAAGUAUUGCAACGAUUGGACGAGAAAAACUCCAGAUAUAAACAUGAACAAAAAACCUUUAUUGCAAGUUGAUAGUUCAAAGCCAUAACUUAUCCACCUUUCGUACAACCGGCCCCAGAAAAUCUAGACGUGGAAAACACAGGAAAAUACUUUAAACUACCUAUAACUAACAAAAACUAUUGUAGCUAAACAUUAAAAAGGUCUUUUCUACUCUCCCACGAUGUCUGCAAGAUCCAUACAGACAGCAGAUUGGUCGGAUUGUGUCCGAUGAUCGAUCACGGAGUUCACCGGUUGUCUUCUACACAAAUUUAACAAAUACAAAUCAAUCGAGAAAGAAACACAAUAAAUAAAGAAAGCCUAUAUAGAAGGAUACACCUUACCUGAAAUUUAUAAUCCUCUGAACAAAGGCAAGAAAUUUAACUGCAAAUUCACCUCGAAAUUCAUUCCCUUCCUGUUGUCAAACUUCGCUGUAAAAAGUCAUUAUUGCUGUCGUGACUUAUUUUACCGUUUGGUUUUUGAAAAAUUGUUAACAGCAUUGUUCAUAACAGGUCUGUUCACAUCAGGUCGAAAUAGGCCUGUUGAUUUCAUCAGACUUGCUGCAAACUGUUAACGACAAGCCUGUUGCCACUUGUUUUCAACAGCAUUGCUGCAAGCUGCGCUCAUCAACUUGCUGCUGGCCCGCGGUCAUCCAGUUGCGACAGACAUGUAGCAUCAGGUCUGUAGCGGUUUCCCUUAUUGUUUGACGUCCACGAAAAUUUUCAUCAGCUUGCGGCGGCCAGGUAAAUUCCGCAACUUGCAGCAAGUCUGAGAGAUUUCUGGCAGGUACAAAGUGCCGGUUGUACUAGCCAGGAUGGCGUGAUUGAUGACGAAUCGCUUGUAAAAACGCGGACAAAUACUUGCUCGAGUUACGCUUCUGGUAUAACUUCCUAUUCUGUGCCGCGGUCAUCCAGUUGCGACAGACAGCACAGAAUACUACACAGAAGUCCAUCUCCAUUGUUUUUUGCGUAAGCUCUAUUCGUCAUGAUUCGUCACUCAGCAAGUACCGUAAACAGAAGCAGUCACCCCCCUGAACAUACGCCAUUUUUAGUAUUUCCAGGGGGGUGACUGCUUCCGUUUACGGUACUUGCUGAGUGACGAAUCAUGACGAAUAGAGCUUACGCUAAAAACAAUGGAGAUGGACUUCUGUGUAGUAUUCUGUGCAGACAGGUAGCAUCAGGUCUGUCGCGGCUUGACGUUUUCAUCAGGGCUGACGCAACUUGUCAUCAGCUUGCGGCGGCCAGGUAAAUUCCGCAACUUGCAGCAAGUCUGAGAGAUUUCUGGCCGUGUAGCAUCCCGCAUAGGUACAACAAAAUUUUCAUCAAACCAUAAAACGUUUGUGCAACUUUUUCAUCUUUCUUGCAGUCUUGAAAACAAAAUUUAUAUGCGGGUAUGUAGAAAAACUAUCAGAGUUCAAUAUGGUAUAAUUUUUUAUCAUGUUUUAUUUACGUGUGCGAAGUAUUUUGCGUUUUGCCGAAGUGGUAUAUUCGUCAGUUGAGAUAUAGUUGCCAACCUUAGGUAUAAUCUAUAUAUAUCAACACUGCUUUUCAAUUGAGUGCUUGCGACGCGCGACAAAUGACAGAGGAAUGGGGCGAGCUUAAUAUAAAUUGACAUUUGGAAGCAUUUGGUGCAUUCUACACGCCGUUUUGGGCUGCCUAUGGAAAUACUUGUCUAAAUUUCGCCGCCAUAUUGGAUUUUGUUGUUUUGAUUUCCCACUCCCCCCAGCCAUCACAAAAAUCAUUAAUUGCACUGCUGGAGAGUGCAAUUAAUGAAAUAAUUGCACUCCUCUUAACCAAUCAGAUUGCAGUAAUUUUGUCAUGUAUAUAAUAAAUGGAAUACACGAGAAAACUGCGUGUGUGUUUUGGGAUUUCUCGUUAAGGAAUGGUUUAGGAGACUGGUCACAAGCUGGUUGUGCUUACACAGGAUUAAAAGAUGGAAUUGUUACCUGUCGUUGCUUUCAUCUUACAAACUUUGCUAUUUUAACGGUAAGAAUAAUUAUGGUAAGAAUAAAGCAUACAAAUUAUAAUGGUAAGAUUCUGUAUCAUAUUAAAUGACAUAUUAAAUUAAACACAAAUUAUACUGGAUGGCUGGAAUUGCCAUAUAUAUCUUCAAUACGGGAAUCGAAAAACCUCAAAAUACAAAAUAAACAUUGAAGAGUACUACAAACGUUAGGAGAAAUCAAUUAACAGAGACAAGUAAACAAACGGAAGACAAAAAGCGAUCAAUUAGUGGAUAAUCAAAUAGCAAUUAAAGAGUCAUUGUCAACCACAAUGUAUUGUGUGCCCAAACCUGCUUGGCGGCCAUUUUAAUGGUGGGAUAAUAGAUGUUUUGGUUUUCAAUCCAUAAUACAGUACUACCAUCCUGUGGUUAUGCUUGCUUAUUUUAACUUUUUUUACUAAAAUUGCACCAAAGAAAUGUUUAUAAUCGUCAUUUGUUGCUAUUUGUCACUUCCGAAGGUAAGAUGUAAACAGAUGCAUUGAGGUUGACAAUGACUCUUUAAGCAAACAGAAUACACCAGAAAAGAAUCAGUUCGACACACAAGCAAAUAAACCCAGUAAAUUGCAAACAACGGCCUGUAACUCAUUCAUAACAGUAAAUUCAGCAACAUGUUCAGCAGAUUAGUUGCUGGAUGGGUAAUUGUGUGACAUUUCACACCGACUUACAAGUUCUCGAGACUUCUGAGCUCUAUACCCUAUAGAUUCGUUAAUUUCGUGAGAUCCAUGUAAUGUUUUUUUAAUUGAAGAAUAUUUAAAUUGCAAGCAUAGAAGAAUAGUGCUUGAAACAAUCUACUGUUAGUUCGCUGUCUCAAUUUAAGACUCAAUUAAAUCUACUUCGUACAUAUAGACAUAGUUAUUGCAUGCUUGAUAUAUUUUAAAUAUAUGUGUACAUGAGUUUAGUUCGUGGGUGUGCACCGCCCACUGAAAAAACAUGGAAGUGACGUGCAUGGGUGUCGUGGAUAAAUAUAAUAAUAAUAAUUAUUAUUAUUAUUACUGCAUGUACGUCAUCCCUCGUUUUCAACUUCUUCCACCAACAAAUAAAAUCGUCUAGUCGUCGGCCAUUGGAGUUAAAUGCUUCAAGUCACUCUUGGAGUAGUUUAACACAGCCUAAAACGACUAUAUGAGCACCAAGUUAAACAAUGCCAUGCAAGAAGAAAGCAAUCGGCGUAUUGACAAACUGUAGAGGACUUCUUUCAUCUUUGGUUGAGAAACCUUUCUUUGUGGCCUAACUUUAAUACUUCAGGUUUAUAUUGACUUUGUCUAAAGGACUUUUUUAAAAUAUCCAUUGAAAACUUUUUUGUGUGUGUUUUAGGAUGUUUAUAUAAAAGAACGUAUUGACGAAGUUCAUGAAAAAGCACUGAGUAUAAUAAGUUAUAUUGGCUGUGUUCUAUCAUUAGUUGGAUUGAUUCUAACCAUCAUCACAAUUGUAUUGCUCAAGUAAGUUGUGACUUAAUUGAUUGCUUCUUUAAUUUGUUAAUCCUGCCUCAAACUGGCGCAAGGAAACAGUGAAAAGGACGAGUAUAUGCCGUCCAAACAACUGAAAUAGCGAAAACUGCGUUGUGUAAAAAAUCGUGCAACCAGUAUAACGUUACCCAUUGUGGAAAUAUACAUGGUUUAGAACGGAUUAAGUUCCUUUAUUCUGUUACAUAAAUUUUGUUGUGCAACAGCGUAUUACGCCGUAUAUAUACCAAUAACUUGACCAGAUGUUACAUUGAUAUAUUUUAUGAAAUUUUCACUUUCUUUUCAAUUUAGAGACCUUCGAACCAAAACUCCAACCCAGAUCUUACUUAACUUCUGCAUAGCCUUAUGUCUGACAUUGAUUGUGUUCGUUGUGGCUGCUGAGAGAUCCAAGACUUCCUCAAUAACAUCGUGUCGGGCUGCAGCAAUAGCUCUACAUUACUUUGUCUUAGCUGUGUUUACGUGGAUGGCUAUCCAAGCAUAUAAUAUGCACCUCAGUUUUGUGAAAAUUAUGCCAACAGACCAUUCCCACAUUAUGAUCAAGUAUCUUAUUGCAGGAUGGGGUAUGUUAAAGGAAAGGAGUAGCACAAAAAAUUGAUACAAAAUUUUUAGUCUCAAACACUUGUUUAUCACCGAAUUUACCUGCUGCCAUAAUUUUUUAUAUACAGUAUAUACCAAGUGACAAAGUUUAUGUUUCAUGCAUCUCAUUAGAAAAGAUCGUAUUAUUUAAAAGCCACGAAAUUCGCCUGUCUCCUGGAAAUUAACAGCUGUGAGCGGUGGAUAUUUUAACUUUUAUUCACCAGUGAAUAAUAAAAUUUUUGAGUUAUGAAGCAAAAAUCAUGGAAGUUUUCUGUGUUUUUUGUUUCGGACUUUCGGGAAACAAUAUGUUUUAUGGACCCUCAAGUGUUAAUUGUGUGGACACGUACAGCCUGGUUUUCAUAUUGUUGUAACUUUCGCGAACGUGUCGUGAAAUGUUUGUCGUAAAUUAUUUUAAUUUACGCUUGUUUCCUUUAAUGGUUGUAACUGUCGUGACACUGUCGGCUGUCGCAAGUUAAUUUCGUACCCAGGGACCGUACAAGCAGCUGACGACAGUUUUAAAAAGACAAACGCGGUCCCCCCAAAGGGAACAUUUGCUCCCCCCUGAUUUUCGCAAAACUGUUGCCACGCAGUCGUUUUUCUGCUUCCAUUAAAACAUAACCGUCACGUUUUUACUCGAGCCUAUCUCGACAGACACUGUAAGUUGUAACUCUCGUGAACUGUGUGCCCAGCCCCCCCCCCCCCCCGCCCGGUACGCCCAUGCUGGCGACAGUUAUAACACGUUCGCGACAGUUACGACCAUAUGAAAACCAGGCUUAAGUGUUAAUUGUCAUGCACAUAGAUGUAAUUAAUUACUCAUAUACUGCCUUUUUUGUUUCUUCACUUUCAAGGAUUACCAGCAGUUAUCGUUGUUAUUACAGCAUCCUUGGAAAUUGAAGAAUAUGGCGACAAAAAUUAG